ACUCAAAGCGAAACUGUCAUUCGCAUACGGUGAGAGAUCGGUGCCCAACUUAAGUAAAGAAACAAAACCGGUCCUUAUAGUAAAAGAAAAACCGUAUUGCGUUGUAAAUUGCAUUAUUUUUCCAUACGAGCGCGAACCCGAGAAUUUUCUUCCAUCGUAGACCGACAGUAGAUGUGAUUUCCUUUGUGAUCGACACUUGUUUUUUCUGUGUGAGUGCGGUUUUUUGUUGUUUCCCUAGUCAUGGCUGACGCGGAAACGAAAGAUCGUUUCGAUCCAGAACUCAAAUUUCUUUGCGUGGACAGGAAUCAUUACAAUGACCCGGCCACCCAGGCGGAAUGGACGCAGAAAAGGUUAGUUUGGGUGCCCCAUGAAUCGCAGGGCUUCGUCGCGGCCAGUAUUAAAGGAGAACGGGGUGAUGAAGUCGAAGUGGAGCUCCAGGAGACCGGCAAGAGGACCACCGUGCCCAAGGACGACAUCCAAAAGAUGAAUCCGCCGAAAUUCGACAAGGUCGAGGACAUGGCCGAACUCACCUGUCUGAACGAAGCUUGCGUUCUGCACAACCUCAAAGACCGAUACUAUUCUGGUCUCAUUUAUACCUACUCAGGCUUGUUCUGUGUGGUCGUGAAUCCGUACAGAAAGCUUCCCAUAUAUACAGAUAAAAUCAUGGAAAGGUAUAAAGGAAUCAAGAGACAUGAAGUUCCUCCUCACGUGUUCGCCAUUACAGACACUGCCUAUCGAUCUAUGCUACAAGAACGAGAAGACCAAUCUAUUCUCUGUACUGGAGAAUCAGGUGCAGGUAAAACAGAGAACACAAAGAAGGUAAUUCAAUAUUUGGCCUACGUAGCGGCCUCCAAAUCACCCAAAGGAGCAGGAGCGCAGAAAGAUCUUAUCGGUGGCCUAGAACAGCAAUUGCUUCAAGCGAAUCCCAUUUUAGAAGCCUUCGGUAACGCCAAAACCAUCAAGAAUGACAACUCUUCACGUUUCGGCAAAUUCAUCAGGAUCAAUUUCGAUGCCUCUGGUUUUAUUGCUGGAGCCAACAUAGAAACCUACCUAUUAGAAAAAUCCCGUGCCAUUAGACAAGCGAAACAGGAAAGAACCUUCCAUAUUUUCUACCAACUUCUUGCAGGAGCUUCCGAUGCCCAGAGAAAGGAAUUCAUUUUGGAAGACCCACGAUCCUACGGCUUUCUUCGGGAAGACAAUCAUAUCGUUCCAGGAGUGGAUGAUUCACUCGAAUUUAAUGAGACCGUCAAGAGUAUGAAUAUCAUGGGAAUGACCAGCGACGACUUCAGUGCCAUUUUCAGAGUUGUAUCAGCGGUGAUGCUAUUUAGCAAAAUGGAGUUCAAACAAGAUCGCAGUUCUGAUCAAGCCACUCUUCCAGAUAACACCGUUGCUCAGAAAAUCGCUCAUUUGCUGGGAUUGUCUGUUACGGACAUGACCAGAGCAUUCUUGAAACCUAGAAUCAAAGUUGGCAGAGAUUUCGUCACCAAGAGCCAAACCAAAGAGCAAGUUGAGUUUGCUGUAGAAGCUGUUUCUAAGGCGUGUUACGAACGUAUGUUCAAGUGGUUGGUUACACGCAUUAACAGAUCUCUAGGAAGAACAAAGAGGCAAGGAGCUAGCUUCAUCGGUAUCCUUGAUAUUGCUGGUUUUGAAAUCUUCGAACUCAAUUCUUUCGAACAACUAUGUAUCAAUUAUACAAAUGAGAAGCUCCAGCAACUUUUCAAUCACACGAUGUUCAUUUUAGAACAGGAGGAAUAUCAAAGAGAAGGCAUUGAAUGGAAAUUCAUUGAUUUCGGCUUAGAUUUACAACCUACCAUCGACUUGAUUGAUAAACCUAUGGGUAUCAUGGCUCUAUUAGACGAAGAAUGUUUAUUCCCCAAAGCUACCGAUAAAACAUUUGUCGACAAACUAGUUACAGCUCAUUCUGUACAUCCUAAAUUCAAAAAGAGUGACUUCCGUGGCGUUGCGGACUUUUCCAUAAUUCAUUACGCAGGAAAAGUAGAUUAUUGUGCCAAUCAGUGGCUGAUGAAGAACAUGGAUCCACAAAAUGAAAAUGUGGUAUCUUUGUUACAAACUUCCCAAGAUCCAUUCGUUUUACAUAUCUGGAAAGAUGCUGAGAGCAUAGGAAGAGCUAAAGGAAUGUUUAGAACUGUUUCUUACUUGUACAAAGAACAACUGGCCAACUUGAUGGUUACCUUGCGCAAUACCAACCCCAACUUUGUCCGGUGUAUUAUUCCAAACCACGAUAAGAAGGCUGGCAAAAUCGACGCUCCGUUAGUUCUGGACCAAUUGAGAUGUAACGGUGUUUUGGAAGGAAUUCGUAUUUGCAGGCAAGGUUUUCCAAACAGAAUACCAUUCCAAGAAUUCAGACAACGAUAUGAACUACUUACUCCAAAUGUUAUUAAUAAAGGCUUCAUGGACGGUAAGAAGGCUUGCGAGGCUAUGAUCAAGUCGCUCGAAUUAGACAAAAACCUAUACAGAGUCGGACAAUCGAAAAUAUUCUUCAGAGCUGGAGUCCUAGCCCAUCUCGAAGAAGAAAGAGAUUACAAAAUCACUGAUCUUAUCGUUAACUUCCAAGCUUUCUGUAGAGGUUUCUUGUCUAGAAGAAAUUACCAAAAGAGAGUACAACAACUUAAUGCUAUCCGCAUCAUUCAAAGAAACUGUUCUGCAUACUUAAAACUUAGAAACUGGCAGUGGUGGAGACUAUAUACGAAAGUUAAACCUCUUCUUGAAGUCACUAAACAGGAAGAAAAACUCAUGCAAAAAGAAGACGAACUCAAACAGGUGAAAGAUAAAUUAGAACAUCAUGCUAAAACAGCUCAAGAAUUCGAAAAGAAAUAUCAGCAAGCCCAAGAAGAAAAGGUCAUUCUUCAAGAACAGCUCCAAGCUGAAGUUGAGCUGUGCGCUGAAGCUGAAGAAAUGAGAGCAAGAUUAACAGCCCGAAAACAAGAAUUAGAAGAAAUUUUACAUGAUCUUGAAGCUAGAAUUGAAGAAGAAGAGGAACGAGCUACUAGUUUGAACAAUGAUAAAAAGAAAUUGCAGCUGACUAUUCAAGAUUUGGAAGAACAGCUAGAAGAAGAAGAGGCCGCCAGACAGAAGCUACAGUUAGAAAAGGUUCAGUGUGAUAAUAAAUUAAAGAAAUUAGAAGAGGAUUUGGCUCUGAGCGAAGAUACCAAUCAAAAAUUAAUAAAAGAAAAGAAAGUAUUAGAGGAAAGAAGCAAUGAUUUAAGUCAAGCAUUGGCCGAGGAAGAAGAGAAAGCUAAACAUCUAUCCAAACUUAAAGCUAAACACGAGUCUACAAUUGCUGAACUAGAAGAAAGGUUAUUAAAAGAUCACCAACAAAGACAAGAAACUGAUAGAUCAAAAAGAAAAGUAGAAACCGAAGUAAAUGAUUUGAAAGAACAAGUAAACGAAAAACGUGUACAAAUUGAAGAACUCCAACUACAAUUGGGUAAAAGAGAAGAAGAAUUGGCCCAAGCGAUGGUUAAAGUAGACGAAGAAAGUGCUCAAAAAGCUAUAUCACAAAAAGCUCUACGAGAACUAGAAAGUCAACUUACCGAGCUACAGGAAGACUUAGAGGCUGAAAAAGCAGCCAGAAGCAAAGCUGAAAAAUUGAAACGUGAUUUGAACGAAGAAUUAGAAGCUCUUAAAAAUGAACUUUUGGAUUCUUUAGACACAACGGCUGCUCAACAAGAGCUCAGAUCGAAGAGAGAACAGGAAUUGGCAACGCUGAAGAAGACGUUGGAAGAAGAGGCUCAACAGCAUGAAGGAUCCGUAACUGAUAUGCGUCACAAGCAUUCACAAGAGCUGGGUAUCUUAAAUGAACAGUUAGAGAAUCUGAAGAAAGUAAAAGCCAACCUGGAAAAGGCCAAACAGAGCCUUGAAGCCGAAAAUGCCGAUCUUACAAGCGAAUUGAGGAAUGUUGGAGCGAGCAGGCAAGAAGGUGAGAGACGUCGUAAACAAGCUGAGAGUCAGUUAGCAGAACUUUCAGUAAAACUAACAGAAGUAGAAAGAUCUAAAGUCGAAUUGCAAGAGAAAACAAUCAAAUUACAGCAAGAAUUAGAAAACGUCGCCCAACAACUUGAAGGAGCUGAGUUAAAGGCGUCUGCUGCUGUUAAGAGUCAAGCAACCAUAGAAUCACAAUUUACCGAAGUGCAAGCUGCUCUUGAGGAAGAAACCAAGCAAAAACUGGCUCUAAGUUCUAAACUACGACAACUAGAGUCGGAAAAAGAAACUCUUCAAGAACAGAUGGAGGAAGAAGAGGAGGCCAAGAGGAACAUAGAAAAACAGGUUGCUGUAUUGAGUGUUCAACUCGCCGAAGCCAAGAAAAAGGCAGAAGACGAAGCCGAACAGGCCGCCAUACUUGAAGAAAGCAAGAAGAAAUUGGCCAAAGACCUGGAAGCUGUCCAGAGUAAAGUAGAAGAGUUAACGGCAAUAAACGAUAAACUGGAAAGAAGUAAAAAGAAGAUUGCUGCUGAAUUAGAAGACGCCAAUAUCGAUCUGGAAACGCAGAGACAGAAAGUAUCUGAAUUAGAAAAGAAACAGAAAAAUUUCGAUAAAGUCUUGGCAGAAGAGAAAGCUGUUAGUGAACAGUUGGCUACUGAAAAGGAUAUCGUUGAAAAAGAAGCAAGAGACAAGGAAACCUUAGUACUCUCCUUGAAAAGGGAACUGGAUGACUCUAACGUUAAAAUCGAAGAGCUAGAAAGAAUUCGCAGACAACUACAAGGAGAACUCGAUGAACUUGUCAACAACCAAGGAACUGCUGACAAAAAUGUCCACGAAUUGGAAAAAGCCAAGAGAUCGCUCGAAAGUCAAUUGGCCGAACUUAAAGCUCAAAAUGAAGAACUUGAAGAUGAACUACAGUUGACUGAAGACGCCAAACUUCGAUUAGAAGUCAACAUGCAGGCGCUUAGAGCACAGUUCGAACGAGACAUACAAGCUAAAGAAGAGCAGGCUGAAGAAAAACGUCGUGGCAUCGUCAAACAGCUCAGAGAUCUCGAAGCCGAGCUGGACGAGGAGAGAAAACAAAGAGCAGCAGCUGUUAGUACAAGAAAGAAGCUCGAGGGCGAUAUUAAAGAGUUAGAGGGACAGAUCGAACUUCACUGUAAGGUAAAGGAAGACGCUCUCAAGCAGUUGAAGAAAUCACAACAACAGUGCAAAGAGGCUAUCAGGGAUGCCGAAGAAUGUAGAGCUGCCAGAGAUGAAUAUGCAGCGGCAAGUAAAGAGGCUGAAAGGAAAGUCAAGACUUUGGAAGCGGAAGUACUUCAAUUAACGGAUGAUCUCACUAAUUCCGAUAAACUCAGAAGGGCAGCCGAGGCCGAGAGGGAUGAAUUACUUGAAGAAAUUAGCAAUAGCAAUAAUAAGGGUACUUUACUUAUCGAUGAAAAACGCAGAUUAGAAGCAAGAAUAGCAACUUUAGAGGAAGAACUCGAAGAGGAACAGAGUACUAACGAAAUUCUACAAGAUAGAACUAGGAAAGCUCAAUUGAAUAUUGAACAGUUGACUGCUGAACUUACUAAUGAAAGAUCAACAGCGCAAAAACAGGAAUCCCAUAGAGUUUUGCUUGAGAGGCAGAACAAGGAGCUCAAAGCUAAACUGGCCGAACUCGAAACGGCUCAAAGAACCAAGACUAAGGCAACCAUCGCUGCAUUGGAGAGUAAAAUUGCCAAUCUUGAAGAACAACUUGAGGUUGAAGCGAAAGAGCGCCUGGCCCAACAAAAAACCAAUAGAAAACUGGACAAGAAAACAAAGGAAUUGGUUAUGCAGCUGGAAGACGAACGACGACAUGCAGACCAAUACAAAGAGCAGGUAGAAAAGGCCAAUGCCCGAGUCAAAGCAUUGAAACGGCAGUUAGAUGAAGCCGAAGAAGAAGUGACAAGAGAAAAAGCACAGAAACGAAAGGCGCAAAGGGAAUGCGAAGAUAUGCUUGAGUCACACGAGUCUAUGACCAGGGAAAUUAAUAAUCUUAAGAGCAAACUGAGCAUAUCUCAACUCACAACCCCGCCAGCUUUCACUACAAACGAACAAUUGCAAACGAGUUUACCGGAAGCAAUAAAGAAAAUGUGGGGGGUUGCUUUCGAAAUUAAGCGAGGCACUAUGGGCAUUUCAUCGUCACGACUGAGCUCCACGAAACGGGGCUCCAUCCAGACCAGCGGAAACGGUUCCGGUGACGAUUCCACAACGCAGGACGAAGCCAUGGAUGGGGAUGAUGCCCCCAACUAAAUUAUUUAUAUUAAAAUAUUGCCCAUUUAAUUUUUAUCCAUUAAUAACAACAGAUAAUUAGACAGGAGUGAAAAUAAACAUUUCGAUUAGUAUUAAGGUAUCAAGGUUAGAGUGACAAAAUGCUUAGAUACACGUCAUAUGUCAUACGUCGUGUACAUAUACAUCUUAUCAAACUAGUAAUGUUCUUUAUUAAGGCCAAAAAUAUGGAAUGAUUACGUAAUAUGUCAUUUCGGAUUGUUUUGGAUGAGAUUCUAUGCUGUUGUUUUCUGAUUUAAAUGCUGUUCAGGCAAUAGUUGCUUUUCUUUCAUCAAAUGACCCAUAAUUUGUGUAUACUGUAAAUUCCUAAUUUCUGGAGAGUUUUGUACCACUAAUAAUGUAACAUAUUACUGCCGUGUGCAUUUUAGAUCCAUAUAGAGCAUACUUGCAGAAAAACCAUAGCUCAGAUGUACAUUCCUACCUUAACACUACUCCAACAAAUACUUUGGCCAAAAAAUUUUCAUUUCUAUCUAAUAUCGACGUAUUAUAAAAUAUCAUUCACCUAGCGAAAAAGUUUGCUUCUUUGUAAAUACAUUUAUGUUUUUCUAGUACUUAGCAAGAUAUUUAUAAACUUUUGGUUGGAUCAAGACGUAUUUUCAUUUGAAACUAUUAAAGCUGGUAAAAAAAUGUUAACUAGCUAAAAACUACUUCUAAAACGUACUUUUUUCGUACUUAAAAAGAAUUUACUCCAAAGUUUUGAUGUAUAUCCAAAAAAAAUACAUAUACUGUUAGUGGGUGCGUUAUAUAUCCUUGAGGAUACUUCUCAUUCUAGCUCUGAUGGAUAGCUUUUUUGAAUGGUGAAAAAUGUAAUUUAUUGCUGAUUUACAAGUUUCUUCUAUAAUGCCAGAACAUGGUAACUACUGUAGAAUAUAACUAACUACUCAUUUAUUGGGUAAUACCAUGAUUCGAUCAUAUUUCUUUCGGAUUGUUGGCAUUUCGGAAACUUAAGAAUAUUCUGGUCAGUUUACUAUCCUAAUGUUUCGUCACCAUACUUGUUAGUUCUUCUUUAUUCGUCAAUUAUUUUCUGUAAUAAUAUAUUCUAGUUACUGUAAUCAUUUACAGUUUUUAUAUACUGAAAUCUUCAUAAACCUUCCAUAAAUUUGGAUUAUAAUUGUUUUCCAGCAUCAAGCUGGUCGCGAAAUAAAACCAUCUUGAUCCAACUUUACUUACAGAAAAUUGGCCAGAAGCAUUUAUUUACUAUAUAAGGGGCCUACCAUUUAAUGGAUUUAUUGGUAAAGCUGGUUCUUUCAAUCUAAAACGAAUGGGCUAGCAUACAUUAUUUUUUUACAUAUUGAUUUUUAUGUUUAAGAUUUUUAUUUAUAUAAACUUCAUCUUGAUACUUUUUUGAUUUAAUUAUCUACGUAUUUUUUAGUCUGAUGACGAGUAUUUUUGUUAAUUGGGUAAAGUUAUCUUUAUCGCGUACCAAUACCAAUUAUUCUUUUAAUAUAUUUCAUCUUACAUACUUCGAAAGUAUAGUCAAUGCUAAUGUAAUAAUAUAUAAUGAAAAAUAGUAUAGACAUUAACAUUUUGAUACACAAGUAUAUUUGUAGAGUAUAUAUUUUGUAAAGACAUCUAUAUUUUAGUCGAAACAUGAUUUUGAUAUGCAUGUUUUUGUAUAAACAACUUCUUGAAUUUUGUAAAUAUCUUUAAGCGUAAUUAUGGGGGUUCAGGGCUCAUUUUCAUUAUUCUUUGAUGAGUUGAAUAAAACUAUAUCUACAUCAUCACUU